AUGGCUGGGAACAACACAGGCGAGGGGAUCGAGCUGUACGACUCCGCCAUGACGGUGCCUUCGGACUCUGAAAACUACUCCGCCCACAACGAGCUUUCUUCCUCGCCACCCUCAACAUCAAGCUCUCCUCUGAUCCUAUACAAGCCCCCGACAUUCUGGGGCCUACUACGCGGCGCCGCGAUCAACGUGCUCCUUCCUUUUGUCAACGGACUCAUGCUCGGCUUGGGCGAGCUCCUUGCACAUGAAGCUGCUUUCCGUCUAGGCUGGUCUGGCACAAAGGUUUUCCCAACUUGGAGACGCACUGCGCCUGCCGGUCCCGGUAUUGAGUUGAGAGAAGUCCGAGACCGAAGGAGGAACCCCCAUGCCAAUGUGGAGGAUGCGGCGGCCUUGGAGUAG